AUGGUGCAAGCAAAAACGCUGAGGGGCAGCAAGAAGGUGCCCUGUGAAGAAUGUCGAGACCAAAAGAGAAAAUGCAAUGGAGAGAAUCCCUGUGAAAGAUGCCACAAGUUUAAUCUAUGUUGUGUCUAUACAUCCACUCGCUCCCCUCGAGAUGAAGAAUUCAUUGAACUAGCAAGAAGAGCAGCCUUGGUGUCACAAGUCGAAACAUUGAACAAUCAGAUAAAGGACAUGGAAAUAUUGAUGAAAGAUAUGGGCAGAAGCAGCAGAGCCGUCGAUUUCGCAGCUUCUCCAGUCAACAGUAUCCCUUCCUUGAUGGACGAUAGCGAUAAGAGUGUAUCCAGCUAUGAAGACAACUCUGUCGCUUGUCUCGCCUCUGUUCCUCCAAAUGUUGAGAUAAAUAACAUUGAUAAGCUGAUUUCAGCAAAGCCCAGCAAGCGCAUGAAACUCAUUGCAUCAUCCGGCAACGGUGCCCAUGCUUACAUAUCAACAGAUCAAGGCAAAAACCAAGCUAAAGUAGCGCCCUGGACACUCACCUUCCAAAAGGGCAACAUGUGCAUCGAUACAAAUGUUCAGUCUCACACUGACUUGCUCAACAACCUUUAUCUGAUGAUGGGCACCAUUGAACUUAUGCCUCAAGUACCUGCAAACAUCUCCAUGGCUGUGAAACAAAACUCGCUUAUCGGCAUCCUCAACACAUUAAUCCGAAAGAAAUACGGCAAAACGCAUUGCAAAAACGUAGCAAGAUCCGUUCGCAUCUUUGUUACCCCAGACUUAUCCAAUGUCAAUACCAUGGUUGUAGCGCAGUCGCCUGAUUCGAUUCAGGUCACCACCAUGAAACUGCUCCGGGCUUAUCUCCGUUGUCAACAUCUCCAGCAACUCGCUAUCCACGUUCGCACAUUUAUACGACUCUAUGUGGAUGAAAACGCCAUCGAAAACUCACCAGCAGCUAUGGCGCUCUGUGCUGCUAUCUGUACCCUGCGCUGCAAACAUGUAGCAGAUUGUUUGCCAUCAAUCUCGCUUGUAGAGUACGGCAAAUUUUAUUUUGAGCGUGCUCGUGAUCUCUUAUCAGAUCUUUUUGAUCAAUUUGAUCUAGAGACUCUAACUAGUUACACAUUCAUGACUAUUUAUAAACUCACUGUUUCACACACAGACGAAGCGAUGCUUUAUGCUGACAUGGCUGAACGUAUUACUCUGGUACUGGCACCACACUACGACGCAAUCUUAAAGCAGAAAUCCAACGAAAAUGAGGACCCCUCGCUGUUGCUGAGAAAAGGCGAAGCUGUGCACUUUAGUCGUCUCCGUAACCAUCUACAUCGGGCGCAAACAUUCGAACAAAUUUCACGUGCUGGUAAUCCUGCCAUGACGCCUACUGCCAAGGACAGUCUUCUAUUGAACAAACAAGAUUUGCCCUUUUGUACAUUACUUCAUAUGGGUGAAGGUAAAUGGGAAAUUGCUGACGACGACUCGGUGCAGGAAAAGUGGUUCGCUGAAAUGAAUGGCUAUAUUCUGCGUCUCCAGAGAGCCGAGCAUGAAGCAAGUCGUGCUGCUCAAUCCUGCGAUCUACACCAUUUAGUGGGCCUCAUUGGACACCAAGUUGAAAUGGCCACUCGUCACUGGUACUACAAGGUGCUUCCGCCUGAAUUCAGACUGUCGCUCCCCUUGUAUGAUUCGAAUAUCCCGUGCAAAGAGUAUUACACAACGCUAGAGCGUGAGUGUUCUCAUAGCGCUAUUCCUGUAUUGACUACAUUGGCGCUAUACGAAGAAUGGAUCGUCUUGAGUCAAUGCUACCUGCCCAAGAAGAUACCGGCUCCUGGCACUGAUUGGCGUCUUUUAAACGAAGUGUGGCGAGGCGGACCUACUGUGGACACUACAGAUCAGAAAUGGGUGCGUCGUGUUGCUAAAUUGAUGGAUCUACGUAAAGCCAUUGAUUUUGAAGGGACGGAUCAAGAAUAUCUGAUUGCCGUUAAUUCCAUGCUUGGCCCCACUGAAACAUCCGUCGAUACUGCAACAAUUACACUCGCUCUACACUCGGCCUUCAACACAAUUCGACUUGUCAAGUUCCUACGAUCCAGAGCCGCUGACUGUUACUUUGACAUUCGUAUCCUGAUCAAUGCCUGGCAAUAUCUGCUGACUAUCUCCAAAUUGCAAGGUUUGAUGCCUGCCGAGAUUUUAGCAUUUAUUCCUCGCAUUCACAAGAACUUGACUGCAUGCAUGGCUAUUGUUCAAGAAGAACUUAAAUUGCAACCUUAUCAAGGCAAAGUAGGUGACUAUGUUGCAGAGAUGGAGCGAGAUCUCAAGAGUCAGGUUAUCAACGAUGAUGAUGAUUGCGACUGUGUUGCUUGCCCAAAUGCAUAA